UGAGCUGCCGGCUAGGAGAACAUUUACGUAACUAUUUAUACUAAGCACAAUGUAUGCUCGUACGUCAUUUGGACGUUGACAUAAAACUCCUGUGUCGAAAGUUUUUCACCAGUCAGCAAUCCGAUCAGAGUUACAUUAAGCCUUGCUUGAACUGGCAAGCCAAAGAGAAUAUUUGAAUUAUAACAUCAACGCUGCCCUGUGCUAAUAUUUCUGAACACCAGAAGUGUUCACCUAACAGACAACAGAGAAAUAGUUAUAUUACUAUGGAAAAAACGUUAGAAUUUGGUUGGUCUGACAUUUCCAGCUUCAACGCCAUCUUGAGGCUAUUGCAUCGUCCCACUGAUCCCGCUAGUUUGGGGGUUACACGGUUUUUAUUCGGCUUAAUGAUGAUUAUGGAUAUACCAAACGAAAGAGGACUGGCUAACGCCGAUAUCAUGUGGGGUGACCCAUGGGAAUGCCGUUUUCCUCUUUUUAAUACUCUGCGCCCUCUACCGUUGGAGUGGAUGUAUGUAACAUACUUCAUUAUGCUAACAGGUGCAAUUGGAAUUAUGCUGGGCGUCUUCUACCGACUAAGCUGUGUUUGUUUCAUUCUGCCAUAUUGGUACUUGUUUUUUUUGGAAAAAUCUCGGUGGAACAAUCAUUCUUAUCUUUAUGGAUUGCUCGGGAUACUUUUUUUUGUCUGUGACGGGCAUCGAUACUGUUCCGUUGAUGGGAUGUUUAAAAGAAAAAUCCAGAACUCGCAAGUUCCAUUAUGGAACUACAUUUUGCUUCGAGGGCAGAUAUUUCUGGUGUAUUUUAUAGCCGGUUUGAAAAAAACGGACAAAGACUGGGUUGGAGGUUAUUCAAUGAAAUAUCUUUCUGCUCAUUGGGUGUUUGAUAUAUUUAAAUUCAUACUAGAAGAUGAACACAUUGAUUAUUUUAUCGUUCACUGGGGUGGAUUCCUUUUAGACUUAACCAUUGGAUUCUUCUUGUUUUUGGAUUCUAGUCGUCCUAUAGCCUUUAUCUUCUGUGGAGCUUUUCAUUUAAUGAAUUCUCGACUGUUUUCUAUUGGAAUGUUCCCUUAUGUCAUGCUAGCCACGAUGCCUAUAUUCUGUUCUCCUGAUUGGCCCAGACCCUUUAUUUCUUCUGCUCCUGCCUUUCUUAAAUGGUGUUUGCCAGUCAAUGAACCCCCACAGUGGAAUCCUUAUUGUAUAGAAUGCCCGGUGUCGGAAAAUAAAAAAGGACCUAGACAUUCAAAUAAUGAGUCAUCCGUCAGUUCUUGGCACAAAGCGGUUGUCGUUGGUCUCUGUGGAUAUUUUGCUGUCCAGGCAUUUUUACCUUACUCCCACUGGCUAACCAAGGGCUACAAUACCUGGACUCAAGGACUAUACGGAUAUUCAUGGGACAUGAUGGUUCACAAUUGGAAGCAUCUUCAUACCAAAGUUACUGUAGUUGAGAGUAGGACUGGCCAGGAGUUGUAUUUAGACUCAGAGGCCUGGACCCACAGCUGGAGAUGGACCCAUCAUGCCGACAUGGUCAAGCAGUUUGCCUCGUGUGUUGCUAGUAGACUGGAAAGCCAAUACAACAUCACGGACAUUGAAAUUUACGUCGAUGUUUGGCUGUCUCUAAACGGCCGCUUUUCUCAAAGAGUAUAUGAUCCAACUGUGAAUAUUUUGGAAGCCGAUUGGUCGCCUUUCCGCGAGAUUACGUGGGUAUUGCCUGUUCUAACUGAGCUUUCUGAUUGGCGUACUGUAUUAAGAGAUGUCGAAAACAGUUUGGAAAAGGAGUCAGAACACAUGGAUGCUGUGUUCGUUGCUGAUUUUCCUGGGCUAAGUCUGCUAAACUUCAUAGAAAAGGAUCUCAGCAAUGCAACUUUAAAGGCACUAAAAGGAAGUAUAGAGGUCAUUAUACCACAAGAGGGCGUCAUUAUUCUACAGGAAGGUAGUUCUCUUCAGAUACCGACAGGUGAAUAUCACCAGGUGUCACCACUGAAACACAGCCCUGCAUGCUAUAUGUAUACGUUUGUUAAUCAGACAGAACAAAAACUGGAAAGUGCUUGGAUAGAAAAUAAAGAAAACAGAACACAGGAAUAUUCUAAGAUUCCCAGAAGCAGAAAAGAUAUUUAUUUUCAGCUAAAAGAACAAGAAGAAUUCAAGAAUAAAGUAACAGUGCUUCAAAAAUAUCAAGAAGUUUUUUUUCGCAAAAUGAAUCUCUGGUAUAAAAGUUUAACUAUGAUUGUGAAGGCCCUACAGAGCAUCAUCAGUGGUAUUCCUCUGAUCGUUCCUUCGUCUAAACAAACAUCUACAUUUUCUUAAACUUGUUUCUGGUAAUAUAAAUGUUGUACAAAAAUAUCAUACGUGGUGAAAGAAUAAUUCUAAGAACGACCGCAUCUUACUAUAUAGGAUUAUGAAAUGUUCUAGUCAUGUUCCAUAUAUAUAUUUCUGAUCAGUGUAUAAACUUCUUACUGGUGCAACCCGCAAAUAAAUGUACUCAUGCUUUUGUUGUAACUAUCUUAAUAAUUGUUGUAACGUUGUUGGUAUAUACCUAAAUGAGCUCUGUUUGAUCUAGUUAAAAGCAAACAAAAUAAUUUGUUGAAUGUACAACACAUAGCUUUUGGAAUACAUUGUUUAAUACUAAAGCGACUUGUAACUGUUACUCACAUAUACUUUACAGGAAAGGAAUAUACAAAAACACUACUUGUAGUCUCAAACAGUAGUUUUUCCAAUAAGUUUAAAAAUCAUGUUCUUUAUUAUUAUCAGAUACGCGUAAAGAACACGAUAACUUAGUUUAAAAACGUAAACACUGAUUUGAAUUUCUAAGAAGUAGUUAUUAACUAACAUUUCUUAUUUUGAUUGACGUCAUUCGUGUUGGA